AUGCUUUCAAAUUCUCAAGUUGAAGUAGCCAUCAUUGGCGGAGGCAUUGCUGGUGUGACUGCAGCACUCGGCCUUCUCAACCGAGGUAUAUCUGUCAAGGUAUACGAGCGCGCCAGUGGGUUUCGCGAAAUCGGAGCAGGAAUUGGACUCUCACCGAAUGCCGAACGGGCAAUGCUUCUCCUGAAUCCGGAUAUCCAUGCUGUCUUUAAAAGGCUCGCGACACCGAACACAGAGGACUGGUUUCAGUAUGUGGAUGGUUUCAACAGAUCGCAGGAGGGAGAUGGCGAAGACCUGUUGUUCAAAGUAUAUCUCGGGGAAAGAGGCUUCGAAGGAUGCCGCAGAACCGACUUUCUCAACGAACUAGUGAGCCUUCUACCGACAGGCUGUGUGGAGUUUCGCAAAGAAAUAGUCGACAUCACGGAGCCUGGAGAUGAGGCCAGUCCGGUUGCUCUUUACUUCGCCGAUGGCUCCAUGGCAUAUGCGGAUGCGGUGCUAGGUUGCGACGGGCUUCGAUCUCGCGUUCGGGAAUACAUUUUGGGCGUCGAUCAUCCGGCCGUUGAGCCAUCUUACACACAUAAGUUCGCCUACCGCGGCGUAAUCCCAAUGAAGGACGCAAUUCAAGCCAUUGGCGAAGAAAAGGCCCUGACAAGAUAUAUGCAUCUUGGACCGGAGUGCCAUGUACUGACCUUUCCUGUCUCCAUGUCCACCAUGUUGAACGUAGUUGCAUUUGUCACGGAUCCAAAUGAAUGGCCAAGCCUCGAUCAAACCACAUUGCCUGCAACCAGAGAGGAAGUGCUUGAAUCUUUCAAGAAUUUUGGUCCUGUUGUGACUGCAAUCAUGAACUUACUGGACCAGAGAUUGGACAAGUGGGGAAUUUUUGACUUACAGGAAAGACCGGUCGCAAGUUAUGUUUCUCCGCGUGGAUGUGUCUGUUUGGUUGGUGAUGCUGCUCAUGCUGCAGCUCCACAUCAUGGAGCUGGGGCCGGUUCUGCAAUUGAAGAUGCCCUGGCGUUGGCAGUAGGGCUGGAAGAGGCUGUCAAGAUCCUAACAGCUGGUCUAGAAUCAAUCAGCAAAAGAAAGACCAUCUCAGCAGCAUUUGCUGCAUAUGAAUGCACACGAUAUGAUCGCACCCAAUGGAUAAUCGAGAGCAGUCGAUUCAUGGGAGAGCUGUUUGAAUGGCAAGCGGCUGGUUUCGAACGCGAUCCGGACAAAUGCCACAGCGAGGUAGAGUGGCGAUCCCACAAGAUUUGGGACUAUGAUGUUGAAAAUUUGAUCAAGGAGAUUCGUGAAUCAUUUGUUGCCAAGGUAUCUGAAUCUGUGGGGGAGACGGUCUGA